AUGACUGGAACACACUCUCAAGGUCAAGACCUCAUACCGUUUGAUCCUGAGAUUGAGAGAACAGUUAGGAAACAAAAAGGCAAACUCACUCACUCAUUGGAACAUCAAGAAGAUGGAGGUUUGGUUGAAAAUAUAAACGAGAAGAGUGACAAGAACGUUGGAGAAAAACAAUUAGUGCAAGAGGAAGCAAUGGAACGAGCACAACCCACUCAAGCUAUGAAGGAGUACUCCAUCCCAACUCUUUCCAACACUCCAUCAUGUAUUGUAGUACCAGAAGUUGAAGCAAAUUCAUUUGAACUUAAGUCUGGAAUGAUUCACUUGUUACCAUCUUCCUAUGGGAAGUCGAACGAAGAUCCUAACAUGCAUAUUAGGGAUUUUUUCGACAUUUGUGGCACAAUCAAGAUCCUAAAUGUCUCUGAUGAAGUGAUGCACAUCUUUUAUGAAGGACUUACAACUACAAACAAACGAAUAGUUGACUCUGCAUGCGGAGGUGCAUUGAUGGAGAAGACACCUCAAGAAGCUCGCUGCUCAAAUUUCCUUGAGAAAAAACUUGAAACUCUUAUGCGUGCUGCUAUUCCACCUUCCCCACAGCAAGUUUGCGCCAUUUGUUCUGACCCAACUCAUCCAAUGGAACUUUUUCCAUCUACUAUGCAAGGUUUUGAACAAGUUCUCCAAGGCACAUUCCCAAGCCAACCUGAAAUUAAUCCUCGAAAUUCUAAGCAUGCCAAGGCUAUUAGAACGCUGCGGAGUGGAAAAUCUUAUGGUCCACAAGAGAAUGGUGCACCAAAUGCUGGCCACGCUGAAGAUCAUGUCAAGAAGAGUGGUGAGGAUGUGGAUAUUACUUCUAACAAGCCAAAAAUAGUCCUACCUACAUCAUCUAUUACAGCUACAACCAAGAAGCCAAAGGAAGAGAGUUACACGCCAUCUUUGCCAUUCCCACAUCAUGUUCACAAGCAAAGGAAGGACCAACACAUGUUUGAUAUUCUGGAUGCAUGUACAAACAAGAGAAUAUUCUCACCGCAUGAAAAAGUGUUAUUAACUGAAGAGUGCAGUGCGAUGUUGCUCAAGAAAUUACCUCCAAAACUGAAGGACCCAGGGAGUAUUGGAAAGCUCAAGAGUACUUCUGUUUCUCUUCAACUUGCGGACAGAUCAGUCACAUAUUCUAAAGGAAUCAUUGAAGACAUGUUGAUCAAAGUGAAGCAAUUUGUGUUGCCGGCUGAUUUCCUAGUUCUUAACAUGGAGGAAGACCGUGACAUCCCACUCUUGCUAGGCCAUCCCUUCCUUGCUACAACUGGGGACUUGGAAGAGUGCAACUCCAUUGACAUUGUCGAGACCCUUGCACAUGCAAACUUUCUGGCAAAUUCCACCGAUGAUUUGUUACAAAUUUUCUUAGCAAAUCUUGAGUUACAACCAGCAACGGAAGAGGAAGCAUUGGACAUAAGGCAUGAGGUGGAAAGCCUUGGCUCUCUAAUAGCUCGAAUUGUACCAUCUAUUAAGAAGGCACCUAAGCUUGAACUCAAACUAUUGCCUGAACAUCUCAAGUAUGCAUAUUUGGGAGAGAAUGAUACAUUACCAAUCAUCAUUGUCGCCACUCUCACUUCCAUUGAAGAGAAGAAGCUACUGCGUGUAUUAAGAGAGUUUAAAUCAGUGCUUGGAUGGACCAUCGCUAAUAUCAAAGGCAUAAGCCCAUCGAUUUGUAUGCACAAGAUACUUUUGGAGGAGAACUCGAAGCCGAUUGUUGAGGCGCAAAGGCGAUUGAACCCCAAUAUGAAGGAGGUUGUAUGA